ACUGAUAAUGUUGACAAUCAUUCAGUUUUGAACAUUGAAGUUUUUAACAAUUCUAAAAAUAUGAAGGCAGUGUUCCUACUGCCUUUGUUUUUAUUAGCAUGCAGUGGUUUUAUUGCUAAAAAUAAUGACAGGGAAUUAGAUUGGUGGGAAACUACUAUAUUCUAUCAAAUAUAUCCGAGAUCUUUCGCUGACAGUGAUGGUGAUGGAAUUGGUGAUCUAAAUGGAAUAACUUCAAAACUAGAGUAUAUCAAAGACUUAGGUGUCGGUGCGAUAUGGCUUUCUCCGAUGUUCCAGUCACCGAUGUACGAUUUCGGAUACGAUAUAUCGGAUUUCUACGCUGUUCACGAUGAGUACGGAACAAUGGAAGACUUUGACGCCCUUAUUGCGAGAGCUGACGAAUUAGUUGUUACAAAAAUAUAUAAACGCGUACAAACAUCUUUUAUGCUAACUGGAAUAAAAGUGGUGUUAGAUCUUGUACCAAACCAUACAUCAAACGAAAGCGUCUGGUUCCAAGAAGCACUCAACGGCAACGAAAAAUAUUACAACUAUUUCGUAUGGGAGGACGGGAUUAUUGACGAAGAUGGAAAUAGGCGGCCACCAAAUAAUUGGCUAAGUCAUUUUCGCGGGAGCGCUUGGGAGUAUCGGGAGGAGAUCGGGAAGUAUUAUUUGCACCAAUUUGUCGUCGGCCAGCCUGAUUUGAACUAUCGCAAUCCUGAAGUUGUGGAGGAAAUGAAUAACAUCAUCCGCUUUUGGCUCGGCAAAGGUGUUGCAGGAUUCAGAGUGGAUGCUGUAAAUUGUCUUUUUGAAGUUGAUAAGGAACUAUUUGGUGGAGUCUACCCUGAUGAGCCUCCAUCAGGCAGAAUUGAUGUAGAUCCUGGUUCACAUGAUUCUCUUUCCCACAUUUACACUAAAGAUCAGAACGAAACCUACUAUAUGGUGUACCAGUGGCGUGAUGUUUUUGAUGAAUUUAAAUCUGAUGGUUUCACAAGAGUCAUGAUGACUGAAGUGUAUGCGUCAAUCCAAGAUGUUGUAAGGUAUUUCGGGGAAGGACAUAUAGAAGGAGCUCAAAUGCCAUUCAACUUCGAUUUGAUCACUGAUGUGGAUGCAUCUUCUUCUGCUGCCGAUAUCAAACGAGCUGUAGACAAAUUCCUAACUUAUAAGCCUGUAGAUAAAGACGCUAAUUGGGUGGUUGGUAAUCAUGAUAACAGCCGAAUGGCAACCAGAUACGGAUCGGCUUUGGUGGAUGGAAUUAACAUGUUAGUGCUGUUACUGCCUGGAGUAGCGGUUACUUAUAUGGGAGAAGAAAUAGGAUUAGUAGAUGGCUACGUCAGCUGGGAAGAUACAGUAGAUCCUGCUGGAUGUAACACUAACGAUCCCAUCAACUAUGUCCAAUCCUCAAGGGACCCAGAGAGAACACCCUUCCAAUGGAAUGCUGAAAAGAAUGCAGGAUUUUCAACUGCUGACAAGACCUGGUUACCAGUGGCUGAUGGAUAUGAAACCCUGAACGUGGAAGUACAAAUGGCAGUCGAAAGGUCACACUUGAAAGUCUACCAGUUCUUAGCCAAACUACGCCAGGAGAAGGCCUUUAGAUACGGUCGAUAUGAGUCUGUUGCUAUGAAUCAAGAUGUGUUCGUCUUUAGAAGAUGGUAUAAUAAUGAUACUUAUAUCGUCGUUUUGAAUAUGAGAGACAAUGAACAUGUCGUAGAUUUGACGUAUUUCGAAAAUGUAUCCGGCGAAGCAGCUGUUCUGGUCAGAAGCAUUCAGUCGUUAAAGAACGAUGGUGACGUGUUUGAUGUUUCGGCACUACCAGUAGCAGGAUUUGAAGGACUGGUUUUGAAAUUAGUGUAAAAAUUUAAAUUGUAUACAUAAAAUGCAUUAUAUAUUUGAAAUGAUUCGGUUAAAUGACGUUAGGGUGUGAAGAUUAUUUAAAUGAUUUUGUAUUGAGCU